AUGUCCGUGCCGUUUGCUUCUUAUAGUUCUCCAGAUUUGGAGUCGCAUGUUUUUCGUGUCGAUCCAACAUGCCCUCGUUAUCAAACUACGGAUGGAAGCACCACUGGACCUAGUCCACAUGUUUUAAAUGCUGGCCAGAUUGAUAAGGACAGGCCCAGCGAACCAAGAACCGAUGACAACGGACAAAUAACGACAUUAGGUCAAUUGAGAUGCCAUUUGACCGGUUUGCAAGAUGAAAUCAAUGAUUUUUUAACAGAGAGAAUGGAGAUCGCUAAAGGAAAGAAAACGAAGCUUGAAGAGAGUCGUGAACAGCGCAUUGAAACAGAGAUCAAGGGCCUUCUUGAUGGAGGUGAUGAUAAUGGCAAUGACGAUAAUAGCUGA